AUGGCUUCAACUUCAGAAGAUAAAGAGGAAACGAUUCGCAACGUUUUUGAGCGAUGCGAGAAGACAGUGAUCGACCUCACCGAGGGCCGCCUCGACAUGGAGCAGAAAAAGAAAGCGGUGCCCGACCUCUGCGCCCAGCUCGAACGACUCCAAAAGGACAUCAGCACCGCCGGGCUUUUCGCCGACAACGAAUUCGUCGAAGAGCUGCCCCCAGAGUCCGUCCGCUUGCUGCUGGUCGGCUGCUAUUACGCGAUUGCCGUUCAGAAUACGCCCUUCAACGCGGCCACCAGGCCCGACGAGCUGAAGGCGGCCAAGACGCUGUUGAUGGCCUUUCUCGAGCGGCUCCAAUCGUACGAGGUCAUCAACUUCAAGCUGCCCUGGGCCAUUGAAGAAGACGACGAGGUGUCACGGGCGGAUGUGAAGAUCUUUCGGGCGACCGGUAAAUUUUUGCGCUGUUUU